UGCCUGGGUGCCAAGGUUUCCCCACCUUCCGGAGCACACGGUAAGGCUUGAGUGGAGGAGAGGAGAAGAAAAGGAUAAAAAAGAAGAGAGGAGAGGAGACUCAAAAGAAAGAGGGAAGAGAAGCAAAGGAAGAAGAGGCGAGGCUCCCCUGACUCUCCUCUUCCAGGGGACCCAAUGAAGUGGUUACUAGCUAGCCUGAUCAUCAGCAUCCUAAAUGUGUACAUUGCAGAGGAGAGUCCUAAGCUUCUUCAGAACCUGAGGUUCCACUCAAGCAACUUUGAAAACAUCUUGAAAUGGGACAGCAUCCAGGGAAGCCCCCCAGACACAGUCUACAGUGUGCAGUAUAAAAGGUAUGGAGACUCCAAGUGGAAGAACAAGGAUGAGUGUCAGAACAUCACCCAGACAUCAUGCAACCUGACCUAUGAGACCAGAGACACCGAUGAGCAGUACUUUGCCAAGGUGACAGCCUCCAGCCGAGGCCAGGGAAACAUCCAGGAGUGGAGGCAGACGCCAAGGUUCAGUGCCUGCCGAGACACGCUCCUUAAGCCGCCCCUGGUGACCUGCAUCCCCAACGUCAGGUCCAUCAGCUUCCUUGUGCAUCCCUCGCCCACCGCCCUCUGGACCAGCGACGGCCACUCGCAGACUCUGGAAGAGAUCUUCCCAGACCUGUUCUAUCGCCUUCAGCUGCACGUCAACCACACUUACCAAAUGCACUUGGAAGGCACGAAGAAAGAAUAUGAAUUCUCUGGCCUGGCCCCAGACACAGAGUACCAGGGGGUCACCACAAUUUUCAUCCCAACCCCUUUCAAGGAGAGUCCUCCCUACACAUGCCGAGUGAGGACACUAGCAGACCGGACAUGGAUGUAUUCCUUCUCAGGGGUGUCUCUGUUCACAAUGGGCUUCCUUGUAGCUGUGCUUUGUUACCUGAGCUACCGAUAUGUCAAGAAGCCUCCCAAGCAACCCAACUCACUGGAUGUCCAGAGAGUACUGACCUUUCAGCCACUGAGAUUCAUCCAGGAGCACAUCCUGGUCCCGGCCAUCGACUUCAGCAGUUCUGGGGGCCUGGUUUCCCCUAUCCAAUACUCCCAGGUGAAGGUGCCUGGACCCAGGGAGGCCCUGGGAACAUCAUUGCCAUCUGGUCUGCCUGAAAUCACCUACCUUGGACAGAGCGAGAUACCCAUCCCUGUCCUCUUGGCUCACCAGGCACUUCCCCCACCAUCCUAUGCCCCUCAGGCAAUCCCAGAGGUGGGACCCCCUUCUUAUGCCCCACAAGUGGUUCCUGAGACAAAGCCCCCAUCCUAUGCCCCUCAGACCCACCCUGAUCCAUGGCCCCCAUCUUAUGGGGCCUGCAUGGAGGGCUCAGGGGAAGAAGUGACCCCACACCAGGACUUGAAUGGGACCACAGGCCAACCUCAGCCCAACCAGACCCCAAAUGGACCAAAUUCCCAGACAGAACUCCAGCAGAACUCCAGAAGAGAAGCAUUCUUCCACCAGCCCCCAGGACUCCAGAGAGAACAGCUGCCCGGCCGAGUCCUGCCCCUGGUUUGCCCAACUGGGACACUGGAAUCAGUAACUCCAGGAUAUUUAAGCAACCAAAUCUCUUUACUUUCCUCCGUCCAAGUGGAAGACCACCCCUUUUCCCUCUCCUCCUCCACCCCUUCCCUCCUAUUUCAGCCCAGGGAGGAGAUGGGGGAAGCCUGGAGCCUGCUAGAUUCUGUAGUGUGUCCCAAGGAUGAACUUUCUCCUCUAGGACCUGACAGGGGCUGUCUAGCACAGGCUUCUCCAGAGUUUGAUUGGCUCUUCAGAGACCUGGACCUCACAGUACAAUGGGAGCCUUGA